AUGUUUUCUACCACACUGACAGACGCCUACCGAGAUGAGCGCCCCGGAAUCCGCAUCGCCUACAGGACUAACGACCAUAUUCCCAACAGCCAGCGCACGCAGGCCUCACCACGUUACUUCAUGACUACUGUCCACGAUCUGCCCUUCGCGGACGACUGCAUGUCAAACACUGAGACAGAAGCAGACAUACAGCGGAGCAUGCACCUCUUUGCCUCCGACUGCGCCAAUUUUGGACUGACCAUCAACACAUGCAGUGUUUAUCGUAUCCGCGUCAACGACACCCAAAUGAAGACCGUGAACAGCAUCGCCUACUUGGGCGACACACUCGCGCUGCAUUAA